GCUGGAAUUCAUGAGCAAUAGAAUAAAUGCGUCUUUCAUAUAUUCCUUCACCAGUCAGGUGGCCUCAGCAUUUGGGACUCUUUUCCUCUGCUGCCUGCUCACUUCUUGCACUACUUUCAGAAGUCAAGAAAUGCUUAAAUAAAGAGAAACUUGUUCCGUGACAGAAAAGGUCAUUUCUUCUGGCCAGGCAUUUGGGAAGGAGACAGGAAGCAUAUUAUUUUAAAGAAAGAGGGAGGUUUAGUUUUCGUUUUACAUAGCCUUGCCGGCAUUAGCAACUGAUAUUUAAAUCCCUCCUGAAGAGACACUUCUGCUGGGACCACUACAAGAAACUGCCUAAUCAGUGAUGUCUAGUUUGAAGGGAAGUUGGUUUUAGCUGAUAGUUUAUUUUUAUAAAAAUAAUUAGAAUAUUUUUGAAGUUAUUCAGCACAAUCACAUUGUGCACAUAGUGAGUCUGUGUAAAUGCACAACGUUUUUACUGUUGCCCUUCUCCCUUGCCUUACCUCCUAAUGCUUGUCACAUUCUCUCAGUGCAUCUUGUCUUAAAUUAAGCUCUGAGCUUGAAAUCACAUAUAGCCAGAGACCGUAAGCUCUUCAGAACAGAGAUGGGGGUCUUCCUAUAUGUAUGCACAUCACCUAGCAAAAAGAGUCUGAAUUUGUAUUAGGAAUUAGGGUCUUUGGACACUAUUAAAAUACAAAUAAUUAAGUAAAUAAUAAAUGCCACAAUAUAAUUGUAAUUGUUUAUGCCUAUAUUCUUCACAGUAAGAGGUGGGUUAAUAUGGCAAAAAAUAUCUGUGAACAUUUAUUUCAAUAAAAAUGCAGACGCCCUCCAAUGGCAUUUACCAUUUCCUCUAGUUAUUUUCUGCGAACAUGCAUAUGGACAAAAUGUUGUUCAUUAGAGUGUGUAUAGAAAGAGACAGUGUUGUGAAAACUCAGGCAUAUCUGCAUUCGUGCGAAUGUUCAUGCCAGAAGUGCUCAGUGGCCAUCAUGAAAACUCAGUGGGCUGGGAAUUAUCCAACAGAAACAAUACCACGUGACUUAGGUGGUCAAUAACACCACACAGAUCUAUUCAUCCAGCUGUGAAAUAUGUUUGCAUAAACUGUUUACUAAUAUUUUGGAAUUCAUUAGUCUAAAUUACUUAAACUAUUCACAGAUCGUUUGUGAAGGAAAAAAAGAGCAACGUUUGUCUAAUAUGUUGUUUACAAAGAAUUUGCUCAGCUCUAUGAAUAUUAGAACAGUUUUAUAUGACUGUGUUAACCUAAACAGAUUUGAGUUUUAGUUCUAUCGAUCAUGGCUUAAUUUGUGAACAUUUCCUGUUCAGCUGAGAGAUGAAAGAACCCCACUAUGAAAGGAGAAGAGGACUUGAAAAAGAAUUUCUUAGUAGCUAAUCAAAUAACCAAGUGGAAGAGCUGUGCUGCCUCCCUCUCCAGCUGCCACCUGCCAAGAUGGUGCUAUCGGCCUGCCGGGGGGUGCUGCCCCUGGCUGCCCUCGCACUGCUCCUGCUUGUCUGCCUGGCUCCCGAUGGUUCAAGAGGGAAUAAACUUAAGCUGAUGCUUCAAAAACGCGAAGCUCUGGCACCAGCUAAGACAGAGGUGUCAGUAAAAGAAAACACGGCCAAGGAGUUCUUAAGCAGCCUGAAACGCCAGAAGCGCCAACUGUGGGACAGGACUCAACCCGAUGUGCAGCAGUGGUAUCAGCAAUUCCUCUACUUGGGCUUUGAUGAAGCCAAAUUUGAAGAUGACGUCUCCUACUGGACAAACCUGCGACGUGGUGGCAAUGAAUAUUAUGGAGGCUACUACCAGGACCAUUUUGAUGAAGAUGCACCUAUUGGGCCCCGAAACCCACACACCUUCAGGCAUGGAGCAAAUGUCAACUAUGAUGAUUAUUAACCUCAUUUAUUCUACUGUAACUAAAAUUGUAUGUCUGUAUCGGAUUGAGCUAAGCCCUAGCCUCACUAACACACAUUCUCUCUCUCCCUCUACCCUCUUUUUUUUAUAGUAGCCAUUUGUUAUAAACAAGGAGAAGAAAGAAACUGUCUAGCACAAAAGCCUAUUUGGAAUGGGCUUCUAUAAUUACUUAAUAGUACACUAUGUAUAAGUGUUAGAAUUAAAGUCUUUUGGUAAAAUAAGCAUUUUUCCAUUUCUUGGGUAGAGUUUGCAAUAGCUGACCAUUUCAAAGCACUGCAUUAUUAAGGAUUACAUUUUCAAGGGCUUUUUACUCAUUCUUAAAAACUGAUUGUCUAAUUCCAUGAUUUCACCCAGUUUUGUUGUAUUUUAUAAGACAAUGCGUUUCAAUGUGCUCAGUUAUUUAGGUCUGUGUCAAUACUGUAAAUAAAUCCCACACUU